AUGUUUGAGAAGGCCGGCAUCGUGGCGCUACAAAUGCCAAAACUAGACGUCAUGGAGCUGUGGAACGGCAGAAGGGGUCUCGCUUGUGUCUUCCGGUAUCAAGCCUCUAGGGAUCGCGCAGGCCACAACGCAAAAAUCACAUGGCGAAGCACCUGGCCUCUGGAGUUGGAACCCCGUGUGUGUAAGGCCUGGGCGGCAGUGGCAGUCAAACGUGACAAGCGGGAGGGAGAGUUCGACGUCGUCAAAGACCCGGAGAUCCUGAAUUUUGGGGAGGACGAGAUCAGGUCACACGGGGAUGCGAUCCAUCAUUUGCAGCUUGUGAGCGAGGUGAUGCGCCCGGUGUCGUUGUGGCAGAUCAGUCGCGGUUUUUGA